AUGGAAAUUGGUGAUGAAUCUCCUGAAGAUGAUGACGCCGUUUGCAUCAUCUGUGAAUCACGCUUUUCUGAAAGCAAACGAGCCGAGCUGUGCCUUAUUUGUGAAAUGUGGGCACACAAUGAUUGCCCAGGAUGUGGAAAGGACAAUUAUGUCUGCGAUUUUGGUCGACAACCUAAAUUAUAA